AUGCUCCCCCUCCGCACAAGCUGCCGGCUCCUCGCCCUGCGGCGCACCCCCCGCCGCCCAGCGCCGUCGCCAACCGCGCCCCUCUCGACCAGAAGCCCUCGAAGCCUGGACGACAUGCUCUCCCAGCCAAGCUGGUCGGUCCGGUCCCUCCGCGACCCCUCCCCCCCGGCGGAGCCGCCAUCCGGGACGGCCAUCACCACGGCCCAGCUGCACCACCUGCUCCGCCUCGCCGCCCUGCCGCUGCCGCAAACCGCCGCCGAGGAAGCCUCCAUGAUCGACACGCUCGAGUCGCAGCUCCAGUUCGUCCGGGCCGUCCGGCGCGUCGACACGGACGGCGUGGAGCCGCUGCGCGCCAUCCGCGACGAGACGCCCGCGGCGCUGCGCGAGAGCACCGUCGGCCUGGCCGACAUGCAGGCCCUGCUGGCCAGGGACGAGCUCGUCGGCCACUACAAGAGGCCGCGCCGGGCGAGGGAGCGGGUUGACGAGCAAGCAGAGCGGUGGGACGUCCUGGGCACGGCGUCGAGGCGGGCCGACAGGUACUUUGUCGUGCAGGGCGCCAAGACUGGGGGCGAGUAG